UACUGUACGAAUCGCAUCGGCUUGCUUCACUCUUAGACACGAGCAUCAUGGUCUAACAUGCACUGAGAACCCCGUCCCUCUCUCCCACCCUCAGCUUUAAUGCACAGAAUUGCUACUAAAUCACUGCAAAAGCUCAAACUGGUGUAAUCAUACAGAGAUUCUGGGCAUUAAACGCAUCAGAUGCACAGGUUAAGAGGGAAACUGCAUGGAGGAGACCGUUUGAAUUGAGCCUCAAGCUUGGGAUUCUCACUCAUGGCAUGAAAGUGUGUGUGUUUGGAUGGAUGAUUAUCUGUGCGUGUAUAUGCAACAGUAUCCAUUUUUUGUUUUAUUUUAUUUUAUUUAUUUAUUUUUGCAUUGUCCCUGCUCUGCAUGUAACAUCACAGAUGUAGUGAUAACAAAUUCCUCUAAAGAUUUCCAAAGCAACAUGAAUGUUAUUGCAAUAGAUGCAUAUGUUUGGAAGAGAAGCAAUGAUCUUUCUUGAUGAAAUGUGUGCAGAAAUGAGCAUGGAUUCGAUUGCUGAGAGGUGCAAAAUGUUAGAUUCAGAUUUAUUGCCAUAUGCACAGGUACAAAGCAGUACAGGUACAUUAUAACUCAGUCAAAUAAAUUUUCAUUUAAUUUAACCUUUUAAUUAAUUAAUUUUUAAUUUCAUUUCAUAUUAAUUUAAUUUAACAAAUAACACAUUUAAAAUAAAUUAUUAUAUAUAAACCCUAUCUGGCAUAGCCAGUAAGAAAAUUAAAAACACAACCCAUUCAUAGACGGUCGAGUGUAUGAAUUAAAUGUCCCUGCUAUGAGUGAGGCUGGAGGGAAAUAUUAUACCUCCUAUCUUAAUGUCUUUUGCAAUCAGUCUGACAGUGGGUGGAAAAAAAAACUAUUAUAAAAAUGUGCCUUAUGAGUGGCGAUCUAUAUUGGCCAUUGAUGUCUUCAGUUAUAUCCUGAGUUAUUCCACCUGAACACACAGUGAACUGGGUGAUUUUGAUCACUAAGAAUGCUCUGCGCAUUUCUCCUGCAACGCUGUGUGUAUAAUAUUUCCAUAGAGGGUAGCUCAGAGCUGAUGAUUCUCUCUGCAGUUUUGAUGGCCCGGUGAAGUGAUCUUCUUUCAGCCAGGGUGGUAUUUACAAACCAUAUGGUAAUGCUGCUGGUGAGAAAACUUUCAGCAUGGCCUCUGAAAGCCUGGGUGAGGGGCUGAGGGCUGAGUCUGGACUUCUUCAGCAGCCUGAUGAAGUAAAGCCUCUGCUGUGCUUUCUUCACUGUGACCAUGGUGUUAUCAGCCCAGUUCAGGUUUACAGCCAUGUGAAGGCCUAAAAACUUGUGACUAUCAGCCUGUUCCACCUCAGACCCUUUAAGGAUAAGAGGCUGCAGAGGCUUUUGUCUAUGUUAAGAACCAGGUCAUUUUCCUCACCAUAGACUAUGAUUCUGUUCACCAGUUUAUUAUACGAUGACUUUAAUGAGUCCAAGUAUGGUCAUGUCAUCUGCAUAUUUACACAGUGAUAUGAAUUAGCUUAAGCAAUGUGGUAACAACCAAUUUAUAUAUUAUUAACAUGAAACCAAAGGUUAAGGCUCUGGGUUACUGAUAAGAAGGUCGGGGGUUGAAGCCCCAGCAUUGCCAAGCUGCCACUGUUGGGCCCUUGAUCAAGGCCCUUAACCCUCUCUGCUCCAGGGGUGCUGUAUCAUGGCUGACUCUGCGCUCUGACCCCAGCUUCCUAACAAGCUGGGGUAUUCGAAGAAAAGAAUUUCAUUGUGCUAUAAUGUAUAUGUGACAAAUAAUGGCUUCUUCUUCUUCGAUACAGUGAUGCUGAGCCCUUAAGGGACGCUAUUUAAAAGAAAAAUAAGGAAUGCGAAGGAUUUGGUGAAAGUAAAUUUUGUGUAAAUGUAAGAAAUGAGCAAAGAAUGCUGGAGUAGGGAACACAUCCAGUAGACUAUAAUAAUUAAAGAUGCAAGGAAAUCAAGAGAAAUCUAGAAUGUUAUUAAUAUAACAUUAAUAACAGUGUUACUAUGUCAUUCACACACAAAAUCUAACUUGAAGAGAUUCUGUAAUGUACAGUGACACUCAUGAGAGUCAAUUUGAGCUCAUUUUCCUAUCAGGACCAAGAUUUCCAUUUUCACUGCACUGCCAUUUGUUCAACAGUAGAUGGAGUCUUAUAUCACCUCAAAAAACACUGACAGAGAAAAAUCUUUUAAAGCAAACUAUCAUUACUAUUACAGAUGCACAUUAGUUAUGAGUUACUUGCACAACAGUGUUGGCGAGUUGAAAUAAACCUGGUGUAGUUUAAGCCCUGAUAAGUGCACAGAUAUAAAGCUGAUGUGUACUGAUGGAUUACAUUCAUGCCUCAGCUUUCUUUCCCUCCUGUUUCGCCUGCCUCUGCAGGUUCUGCAUGUAUCCCUGCACCACUAUAUGCAUAAUGCAGAGACUUAUGUGAAAGCAGAUGCACGCUUUUCAUUUAAUCACAUUUGACAGACCACUUGUGAGGAAUAGCAAGAAGUAGCACAGCAUUUCCUGUGCUAAUUCCUGUGUUAAUUCUUGUUGUUUCCUCUGGUUACUAUUUGAUACUGUUUUUUGUUUUUUUAAUGAGUGUUAUUCUGCUAGUCUGAAAUUAUGAAUUUAAUUAAUUAUGGUUAUAUAUCAGUGUUUUGGUAGCGGAUAUAUAAAUAUAUAUCGAUCAGAUAUAACAUUAAAACCACCUGCUUAAUAAUGUGUAGGUCCCCCUUGUGCUGCCAAAACAGCUCUGACCCCACGAGCCACGGACUCCACAAUACCUCUGAAGGUGUCCUGUGGUAGCUGCAGAUCCUUUAAGUCCUGUAAGUUGUGAGAUGGGGCCUCAUGGAUCAGACUGUUUUGUCCAGCACAUCCCACAUAUGCGCGAUCCGAUUCCGCUCUGGGGAAUUUGGAGGCCAAAAUAACACCUUGAACUCUGUCAUAUUCCUCAGACCAUUCCUAAACAAUUGGUACUUGGUCUGCAACAAUGUUUAGGUAGGUGGUACAUGUCAAAGGAACAUCCACAUGAAUGCCAGGACCCAAGGUUUCUCAGCAGAACACUACCCAGAGCAUCACACUGCCUCCGCCUAACUUUCUUCCUUUAGUGCAUCCUGGUGCCAUCUCUUCCCUAGGUAAACGAUGUACUCGCACCCGGCAGUCCACGUGAUGUAAAAGAAAACGUGAUUCAUCAGACCAGGCCACCUUCUUCCAUUGCCCGAUGGUUCAGUUCUGAUGCUCACGAGUCCAUUGUAGGUGCUUUCGGCGGUGGACAGGGGUCAGCACGGGUACUCUGACCAGUCUGUAGCUACGCAGCCCCAUACGCAGCAAGCUGUGAUGCACUGUGUGUUCUGACUCCUUUCUAUCAUAACCAGCAUGAACUUUUUAACCAAUUUGUACUACAGUAACUCUUCUGUGGGAUCAGACCAGAUGGGCUAACCUUCGCUCCCCACGUGCACCACUGAGCCUUGCGUACCCAUGAACCUGUCCCUGGUUCACCGGUUGUCCUUCCUUGGAUCACUUUUGUUAGGUACUAAUCACUGCACACUGAGAACACCCCACAAGACCUGCCGUUUUGGAGAUGCUCUGACCCAGUCGUCUAACCAUCACAAUCUGGCCCAUGUCAAAGUGGCUCAGAUCCUUACACUUGUCCAUUUUUCUGCUACCAACACGUCAAGUUUGAGAACUGACUGUUCACUUGCUACCUAAUAUAAAUCAAUAAUAAUAAUAAUAAUAAAUCAAUGUUAUUCACGUCACCUGUCAGUGGUUUUAAUGUCAUGGCUAAUCGGUGUAUAUACAUAUACUUCUAUACAAGUGUUUUUACAAGAAUUAUGGCUUGAAUUGGUUUAUUUAGCUACUUAUGAUGAAUUAACUUGUUUCUAUUGUAUGUGGUUUUAAAGACCUCUGGAUUGUUGACACACUGUUAAGCUUGGGUCUCAAGCUAUGUUUAGAACAGUUUAUUGCGCCACAUCCCAUACUGACAGAGUCGUCUGAAAGCAUGUGACACACUCCACACUCCUUCCAGUGACCUUUCACUUCGCCAGUGCAUGUAGAUAUAGUGUUGAGUGAGCUGAUCAAGGAACACACAUACGCACAAGUCCACACACAUGUCCACUGCGGUAGGUCAAAUCACAAGACUACCUCCAAACAAGCGACUCCGGCCAUGCGGGUCAUAUGCCGUUUCUUCAGCGAGCCCAAUGACAGACGCCGUCAUGGGGACGACCUGAUUGUAACACCGUUUGCCCAGGUACUGGCCAGUUUGAGAACAGUACGGAACAAUUUUGCAGCAUUAACCAACUUGCAGCAAGAAAGAACCACAAAUAAGAGGGCCCCCAUGUGUAACCCACCUUCUCUCCCCAAAGCCUCCUUCACAGAGGAGGCCUACCAGAAGCUGGCCACCGAGACACUGGAGGAGCUUGACUGGUGCCUGGACCAGCUGGAGACGCUGCAGACCCGCCACUCUGUCAGCGAGAUGGCCUCCAACAAGUUCAAGAGGAUGUUGAACAGGGAGCUCACCCACCUGUCUGAGAUGAGCCGAUCUGGAAACCAGGUCUCGGAGUUCAUCUCCAACACCUUCUUAGACAAGCAACAUGACGUGGAGAUGCCCUCUCCACAGACUCAGAAGGAGAAGGAGAAGAAAAAAAAGCCCAUGUCACAAAUAAGUGGUGUGAAGAAACUAAUGCACAGUACCAGCCUCACCAACUCUAACAUCCCUCGCUUUGGCGUCAAAACAGAUACAGAAGACUCCUUAGCCAAGGAACUGGAAGACGUAAACAAAUGGGGCCUUAAUGUUUUCAGAGUCACAGAGUUUUCUGGAAACAGGCCGUUAACAGUGAUGAUGAACACAAUCUUUCAGGAGAGAGACUUGCUCAAGACAUUUAAAAUUCCAUUAGACACUUUUAUAACCUACCUGAUGACCUUAGAAGACCAUUACCAUGCAGACGUGGCAUAUCAUAACAACAUUCAUGCUGCUGACGUAACGCAGUCCACACACGUGCUGCUCUCCACGCCUGCUUUAGAGGCUGUUUUCACAGACCUCGAAAUUCUUGCUGCCAUUUUUGCCAGUGCUAUUCAUGACGUUGACCACCCGGGGGUCUCAAACCAGUUCCUCAUUAACACCAACUCUGAGUUGGCCCUCAUGUACAAUGACUCAUCAGUGCUGGAGAACCAUCAUCUGGCUGUAGGCUUCAAGCUGCUCCAGGAAGAGAACUGUGACAUAUUCCAGAACCUUACCAAAAAACAGAGACAAUCGCUGAGGAAGAUGGUGAUCGACAUCGUAUUAGCCACUGAUAUGUCUAAACAUAUGAACCUACUGGCUGACUUGAAAACGAUGGUCGAGACAAAGAAAGUGACCAGUUCUGGAGUCCUGCUGUUGGAUAAUUAUUCAGACAGGAUACAAGUGCUACAGAACAUGGUGCACUGUGCAGACCUGAGUAACCCCACCAAACCACUGCAGCUGUACCGCCAAUGGACAGACCGCAUCAUGGAGGAGUUUUUCAGCCAGGGGGACCGCGAGAGGGAGCGUGGCAUGGAGAUCAGUCCCAUGUGUGACAAACACAAUGCCUCAGUGGAGAAAUCCCAGGUUGGCUUUAUCGAUUACAUUGUCCACCCUCUGUGGGAGACAUGGGCUGACCUGGUGCACCCGGAUGCUCAGGAUAUCCUGGACACGCUGGAGGACAAUAGAGAGUGGUACCAGAGCACCAUCCCUCAGAGCCCUUCUCCUGCACCGGAGCAGAACGACGAGAGUGGAUCGACGAACACCACAGACAAGUUCCAGUUUGAGCUCACGCUGGAGGAGGACGGAGAAACCGACACAGAGAAGGACAGCGGCAGUCAGGCCGAGGAAGAAGAGGAGGAGGAAGAGGAGGAGGAGGACGACUCCAAAACGCUCUGCACGCAGAACUCUGAGUGUACUGAGAUCCUGCUGGAUGAACAGGCAGAGGGAGAGGAGGAAGGCCAGGUGUGUGAGGAAGCUUCUGUAGAACCAAGUAUGGUAGAGGAAGGAGAGGAAGAGGAAGAGGAAGGAACGUAGCAGUGCAGGACACAUUCGUUCACUGCUAACCAUGUCUCAGUGAAAUGCACAGGCAGAGGGAAGAGUAAUAACGGCAGAGGAGGAAAGUUCCAAAGCGCACCUUGCACUCCACAACCUCGGCCGCUGCUCUCUCCUGGACACACAAGGACACACACACUCUGGUACAUUGUCCUAUUUUGCUCUCAGGAAUAACAUUUUAUUUUUCUUUGCUGUCUAAUUUGGCCCCACCCCCCACCCUGUGCUUCUUGGCCCUUGGAGUGUGUGUGUGUGUGUGUGUGUGUGUGUGUGCUCCCCCUGGCACAUGCUUGGAAGCUAAACCACUGUGCUUUCAUCCCCUUCAUGUGGGCAGCAGUAGGAAAGAUCUGAAAGUCUCACACAGCACAGAGCAGUGAAGAGAGAUGGACUGCAGCAGCUACGGCCACGGGGGGAAAACGGGAAAUUUAUUGGAAUGUGUUCUCCGGCUUUUUCUACAUUUAAGUCUUCCUGAAAACCUGACUAAACCCACACACACACACACAGCUCAGUGCUGUCACGGCCUCUUUGUGUUUUUUGUUUGUUUGUUUGUAUGGUACAUAAAAUUUGAGAUUCUUUUAACGAAUGCUCGUUUUCUUACAACAGCAACAGCAAAGAAAACUUCUAGUGACGAGUAACUUGCAAGUAUGUGUUCAUGUUGGGCAGCGGGGUUUAGUGCGCUACUUUAUAACUUCAUUCAACACUGCUGUGUUUGUUUCGUAAUCGCACGCAAUCUCUUCAGUGAAGUUUCAUUCCUAUUUUUCCCCUUUCUUUCAUUCAGAUAAUAUAAUCUACUUAAACACUUACCUCUAGUGAGCCUCAGCCAGAAUAGUUUUUUUUUUUUUCCAUUUGAUUUGUUUCUUUCUGACUUUUGCUGGUACAUUAUUUAUGAGUGGACACACAUACACAUUUUAAGUAAACCUCAUUAUAUGAAAGCUACAUUACACACACGCACCUUGGCAGGAACGCAGAUGAGGCCAUUAGAUCAAACACGUUUCUGUUUCCUGUUACGCAAACAUUUAGACUGUUUUUUGCCAACAUCCUGUGUUCAGUUUGUCUUGCGUCAGAUCUCAUUUAGCAUUUACUUUUCUACGAGACAAGCAAUUUCUGAGACACAUGAACUGUACACUUUGGUGUGUUAGAAGCUCGGGCUUUUCUAACUGACCUGAAUCGUGCUCCUUAUGAGAUGCCUUUUACAUUUCACUCCACUGGAUCUCGUAUAAAACAUAGUACACAUUGCGUGCGCGCACCAGGAAAUUUUCCAUUUGAAUAUACUGCCUAGAUUAAAGGACUAGCUAAAACCAUUGAAUAAAUUGUCAUUGAUCAUGUGAUCAUACACACAGCCUGUGCAUCAGCAGUUGUACCGUGUGCCACAAAUCGUCCAGUCUGAUCGAAAGCUUUCUUAGGGCUAGAACACAACUCGACCCUUACUCUUCAUGCCAAACCCACACUCGCGCACUGUUCUUGCACUAUAGGACUCUCAGCACUUAGCCAAGUGGCUCUUCAUUUCUCUAUAUUUAUACCUGUAUGUGGUUUUAUUUAUUGGUUCAUAUGUUUUAGUUGCUGUAUAUAUGAAGCAGUACUGUAGAACAUGAACUGUAGCAUAGACGGCAUGUUACUUGCAAGUUACUUUCUUUCUUUUCCCUCCACAUGGUGAGUGUGUACAUAGAACAAACAUUUUAAGGAGAAGAUUCUUCACCAAAACUUGAAUCCUGGCUUUUAAAUAGUAGUGAUUUUGUUAGACUUUUUUUCUGUUUUGUGCCAUUUUUUUUUUUUGCCUCACCAAAAUGACCUUACCUAUUAUGGGUUUUGUUUUGUCUCUGUUUACAGACAUGUAUUUAUUGCAUUGUGUAUAUAUUGUAAUGUUUAUUGUAAAUGAUAAGCGAUUCUUACUCUAUCAUCCCUAAUGGCGAUGGUGUUGCUGUAUUUAGUAAACUCUUGUUGAGAGAACGUUUAUUAUAGCUAUUAUAAUAUGUAAAGAUUCUGUAAAAAAAAAAAAAAAAGAAGAAAAAAAAAAAAAAAAAAAAAAAAGAAAAUGGAAGUAGUCAAACUUUGAGCUUGUUUAAUGGAGAACCAGGGGAAAGCCAAACAAUAUGAUGCCACUGGUGUUUGGCCCCAGGGCUGUGCCUUAACUUCAGCGUCUCUAGAUUUCUCUUUAUUCGUCCCUCUUUGUGGACAAGAGAGCAGUAGUGCACAUGGGGAAGUCCCGCCCGUUUUGCUACCUGAUUAUCAGAGUAAGUGCUACAUUGUAAAGCUAUGGUUCUGUAUGCUGCUGCAGUUUUUUUGCAAUGAGACUGGCACAAAAAGCAAACAUUCUUUGUUCAUUGCCCGGCUUUGAAUGCCACACGCAAUGCACCCCAAUGCAAUAGACACACACAUGUAGGAGAACGGCGGGCUUGCUGGCUGCAUAAAUCCACUCUUAAGUUGUAUGUUCAUGCUGUUCUGAAAUGUGUUCAGGUGCUGUGUGCUACCAUCGUCUCAUCCAGCCUUGUAGAUGUGCUGAUGCACUAAAGCAAAACCUUAGAAGUUUGUAUGUCAAGCCUUUUUUUCGGACACGCAUACUGUAGAUUAUAGCAGCCCUGGACCAAAGCCAGUCGUGGCUAUUACUAUUAUUAUUAUUAUUAUUAUUAUUAUUAUUAUUACUUGUAUUUUUCAGUGUCAUUAAAAGGUACAUAAACUGGUACUUCAAAGUUUAAUUCAUUAGGUUACAUCUUUCAAUGACCUUAAACUUUUUACACUUCUUUCACUGGAUACAUUGUCGUUUGACAGAACUGUAGAACUGCUUCACUCAGUUUGAAGGACAUUUAAAACAAGAAGAAACGUUUUAUAUGCAACAUUAAAAAAUGAAAUAAAAGCAUGAGUUCAUUAA